AGAAAGGAACCAUAUUUUCAGUGUGUACUUUUACGUGAAUCAGUGAAAUCAAGCGCAUCAACGAUUAUCAAUAAAAGUGUUUUAAAUAAGUGUUUAGGUGUUUAAAGUGUUUAAAGUUAGUUAAAAUGCUACUUUCUGGAGUUUAUCCCAAGGGAAAAAGGAAAACCGCGCGUCUUUCUUUAUAAUUAAACGAAAAAGUGGCACAACAGUCGUUUUAACUUUCAUUCUGCAUGUACAAUUGAUUGUGAUGGUAAUAAACCAAAACAAAAUCCAUUCGAGUAAUAUAAUAACGACAUGCAGAACUACUGGAAAUUGAUAAGUGGCUCCAAGAGUGGGGCACUGGAAUGUAGACGUGAUGGCUGGCAAACCUGAGUUGUCAGCAGCCCCAGGAGUCCAGAAUGUGGUAGUGUAUGUAUCUGAUGGCAAUUUUGCCCAGGCUUACGCUGUUAGCCAGCAAAAUGUGGCCACGUUCAACUCACAGGCUUCAUAUCCAAAUGUGCAGACAAGCAAUGUUGUGUAUUCAAAUACGGCAAACACUAUGGCCUCCAUGGUUGGGGCCAACAAAACCUUUCAAGAUAAAAUUCUCAAACCUCCAGAGCACCAUACCAUCAAUGGCCAGCUAGUCACCGAAGAUGGUUGUUUCAGUAAUGGUCCUCAAGCUGUGAUACAACAAAAUGGUUUUCAACAGCAGUCAGAUUAUAACCUAAUAAAUAACUCUGCAUUAGUUAACAAUAGCUUUGUGAAUCCUGCAGUGAAGAAUGUAUGCAAUUUUGGCGGCAACGACAGUGAUAAUUGUAGUGAUAGACGUGAAAGGUCGGAUUCAAAAAACGAGGAGUGUGACAAUUUUAUCGCGACCGCAUCCACUGAUUCGGGGUACGUGAGUGUCAUGGGUGCCGAGGGGGCUACGCAAACCGCGCGAUGUGAUUCUGUUCGGUCUGAAACUGCAGAAUCGAGUUGUAGCAGUUUAAGUUCAGUCGAAGACAAUUUAGUGAUAGUGCAACCGCAUAGUUCUGAAAUGGUGGUGUAUGACGGUAGUGGUGUCGGGGUGCGACCAGGAGGUGUUGUUUUAACAGUGGGACCUUCAGAGACAUCCGUAACGCAAACCGGUAUGGCCCCCUUGAUAAGAACUUUACCUCCAACAACUUUUGCCAGUGUGCCAUUUGGAUGGAAGAGAUUGCUUACCAAUGGGGUUAUCAUCUACAUAAGUCCAAGCAACACAGCCUUAAGCUCGCUGGAGCAGGUAAGGGAUUACCUGCUGACGGAGGGCACGUGCAAGUGUGGUUUGGAGUGCCCACUUAAGUACGAUACCGUCUUUAACUUCGAUCCCAAGGUGGUGAGCAAGCCAUGGGUAUUCACACCAGAUACAAAUACGGGUGAUUUAACGAAGUUGUGUAAUCAUAAGCGGAAAAUAAUGACAAUGGCGUCGUUAGCAUACAAACAAACGGAUCCAGCUAAAUUUAGGAAAGAUUUAACAGUCAAAAGAAAGAAAAGAAAGAUUGGAGGGUCGUUUUCCGGUAUUCCAAUAUCUCAUCUUUUGGCGCAAAAAGAGAAGUUGGCGUUAUAUCAACCAACCCUAAACAGGCCCAACUUACAACAGCCAUGGCCAAAUUCUGUAAUGAAUGCGCAACAUCGUGUGUGCCCAGAUGGCGUAAUUAGUCCAUCGGAUUCCCUUAAUAACCAGUAUUUAAGGCAUCCCAGUGUUGAAUCCGUCGGUAAUCGGCUAAUAAACAAUCCGUUUCGGGACGCGCACUUGCAGACAUUGCCCCCAGGUGCAACUAGUAUGCCUCAGCAGAUGCAGAAUAGUUCAGUAUUACAGUCUAAUGUACACGUGCAUCCGAAUGGUUCCCAAAAUAACGGUCAAGUUCAUUUGCACCAUCAGCAUCAUCUCAUUGCUCCCGGCGGCCAUGUGUUAAGCAUACAGCAGGGCACCUCUCAUCCGCAAGGUUCUAAUUCUGUUGUUAACGGUGGAUCUGUGAUUUCUAAUGGACCUAAUAGUAUCAUUAUAAAUAGUCGUAAUACAGCUCCGGGCCAUCAGUCCAAUCAAAAGGUAUUUAUUAAUAAUCAACAGGGUGAACCUAGCGGACCUGGAAGGCCUAGUGUACAAAUGCUUCCAAUCGCUUCCAACGUACCAACUCAAUUAAAACAGGAAAAUCAUUCCCGGUUUUCUCACCAACAACAACAGCAACAGCAACAACCUGUUUCCAACCAGGCCGUUCAUUAUCACAGCAUCGUGCAACAGUUUGAUGGAAGCAAAAACGUUAGGAUUCCUUUCAUAAAUGAGAACGCUGUGUGUCAAUUGAGACAAGACCAGCAAGGAGGUGUGAUUCAUCAACAGAAUCAAAUUAAUGUGAACAUGCCAAAUCCCAUCAUGAUUGCCCAGCAACAACAACAACAACAAAAGAUAAACUGGUCUAAUCGACAGAUUAAUGCGGCACCUCAUCAAAACCAGUCGAGCAUUGUCGCUUGUUCGAAUGUCCAAAAUCAAAACGUUUGCGAAAGGGUUCCUCCAUUACACCAGCAUACUCCGACCUCGCUUGUUUGGCAGGACGAUGUAAACAGGAAGAAAGUUAAAAUCAGUCGAACAUCGAAACGCAGGUCGUUCAACACAAUCGAUAAUCAGCAUCGUAUUCCGCUUGUCGAGUCUCAAACACCGUGUCCUAAUAUCGAUAUUCGUCAGAUCCAAAACGACAACAAGUCGAUCAUUUUGAACCAGAAUCAGACUCCCUCGAGUCCGUCUUUUAUGGAAGAUCCGAGUGGAUAUCUAGCGCAACAGACCGCACUUCUCAACAAUACAAUAUCUAGACAAACCGGUGCAAUUAAUUGUGUUGGAUUCAAUUGUACGAGUCCCGUGCAAAAUAUAUCCGUACAAACUGUACCAAACAGCUCGCAGCCUAACGAAGUGCCUUUGCCAAGUACGGUGGUACUCGGUUCGCAGAUGAAACACGCGCAGAAUUACGUCGCAUCUAACGGCCAGAGCUUCAUAAGAAAUUCUCAAGUACCUCAGCAUUUAGAAACCCAUCAACAGUAUAAUCAAACGUCGGUUAUGGCCAGGGAAGCGGCGGACAGUACCGCCUUGAAUGAACACAUUCAAUGUCAAGGAUGCACGGAAGGCGGUAUCCAUUUUGUCACUCAAAAGGACGACAGUAGCGAAAGUUGUAAUUCUUACAUUAUAAGAGAACAUCAUCCUCAGGUUCAUAAACAAGGCUCACGGCCUAACAGCGAGCCGAACACUCCUAGUUCCUCUAACAUAGUUGACGAUCCUGUCACGUCUUCUAGUUGUUUGGAUAGGCAAUCGAGUGCGGCAAAUUCACCUGACUCGAGACCCAUACAAGGAGGUGCCAUAAGUACGAGUCACGUAUCGCCUGCGGAAGGAUACCAAUCUAAUCCACCCACACCUUCUCCUCAUCCACUAACGCCGCAACCCCGUUUGGAGUGUUCCCAAUCGAAUGUGCACAAUAUGUCCAAUCCAGGCACUCCCGUAUCGUUCGUUGAAAACUCCAGUGCGGCACAACUUCACCACUUGUCCGUUUUAUACAAUAACAGUGCGCCAACGACGUCAACGAAACAAGAAUUGUAUGGCAGUUCUUCACAACACCAGCAGCAAUCAUUCGCUAGGGUUUCGUCUAACGAUUCUUUACAGCAUUCGGGCUUAGUGACGACCAUGGCUAGCGGACGUACUUUCAGUUGCAACACGAUAACGUCGGUUCUUGCGGGUAGAGCUAAUACGUCCACAGUUUCUGUCAAUAGCCCUGUGAACGUCAAUGUACCGUUGUCCACUAUAUCUCAUGUUCCUUUAAAUCACAGCGAUCCUCAAGUGUCCGUCGCAACGACCACACUUUUGAGUACAAAUACAAACGUCACCAAGUCGCCUUUAGAAAUGGUGCAAAGCGUCGUGAGCAGUAUUCAAGUUCCGCAUACGCAUCAGAACACAUUGCCGGUAAGUCUGCAACAGAAUCAACAAAUAUCUCCGGUGCAGGUUAUCAAAACGGCCCAUAAUAUGCAACAACCAAACCACGUUCUGGUUUCUUCUGGUGGUCAAUUUAUUAUAGCCAAUACUAGUAAUGGACAGUCCAAUGUCAUGCCUCCACCACCUCCUAAAGCUAACGCUAUGCCGCCGAUUUCUGUUUCACCGAUGAUCACAAACGUCACUGCUGCCGUGACCCAGGUUAUCCCAGCAGUAGCCCAGCAAGUUCUGGGCCAACAAACCGUACUAGUAAACGCACUACCAACGCCUUUUGUACUGCAACCGGGCGUCACUAUGACCAUGGAGGGAAUGACUGUUGGACAAAAUAUGCAAAUUCCUCAAAUAGUAACCGGUAAUGUAAUCCAACAGCAACUGCAGGUCGAUAGUUCCGACCCGAACAGAAUUAUCAAUAGAAAUGCUGCUAUGCUUUCACCCGAGGCGAAACGAAAAGGUAAGAAAAGAAAACUACCAUCACAGACCAUCGCAUCUAUGUUGCAUAUUGCGUCACAACAAAAUUCUGGUAUGAUGGUUCCCCAGCAAAACUUCCCUCAACAAAUUCAAAUGGCACACAGUCCACAAAGUAUCGCGACGGGUCCUGUUAUGCAAGCUCUUACGAUUGUUCCUGGAAAAGCAGGCGGUCCACCUCAAAUUGUAAUGAAUGGUCAAACCGUCGGAAAUGGUGGUCAAUUUGGGGCUCAACCCAUAAUCAAUUCCCAACAAACUCAGCAGUUCAAUCUUUUGCAACCUGUCAGUCUGCUUAAUGGUACGACGGGGAUGGUUCAAAAUUUCCCUGCCAUUCAACAAUUCAUCUUGCCCAAUCUGGGUAGCAUGGUAAUGAACGCAGACGGAACUGCGACACUCUUACAAGACACUUCGAACAUCGGUAUGCAGUUGCAGUUGCAAAAUGUCAAUGGCCAAAACGUACUAACACCGGUACAAAACAGCAACAUGUUCAACGGUGGACAAAGCAUUCUUGCUGCAGGCCCAGCAGGAAUGGUUAUUCGUGCACCUGGAACGCCUCAAAACAAAAUCAUCCAACAACAACAUAGUCCAGGAGCGCAAUUCCUUUCUCCAAACGGAAAUCAGUUCGUGGUCAAUGGGGCGCAAUUUAGCGGACAGUUGAGCCCUUUAGUGGCUAACGUUAGUCCUACCCAACAAGUAGCUUUCAAUACGACGCCCCAACAAAUAAGAUCAAACAAUUCAGCGCAGCAAGCCCAGCAGGAGUUCAUACAGUGUGGACAAAUGGGACAGACAUUAAUGGUACCUACGGCCAACAUCAGCGUUUCUUCGCCAAAUCAGCAAAAUACCACGUUCGUACAGCAAAAUACUACGAUUGUUCAACAACAAACUACGAUGGUUUCUAACAACCAACAGCUUCAGAACAUUCAAAGUAACAACCAUCCCCAAAAUCAAAACAUUCAGGUCAGAGGCGGUCAUCAGACAACGCUCAACGUGGAUCCGGGAUUUAUUAUAAACGCUUCGGAUAAUAGGCAAUGCGUGCAAGCACUUUUACUUCAUCGUGAAAGUCCUCAGGCAUCGUCCGUACAUUGUAGACAUUCCGUGUCCACUCAGACAGCCGUAAAUCAGACAAAUCAGUCGGUAACCACAAAUACGUUUUGCCAAACGUCGUCCACUUCGGCUGGUAGUCCGCCGGAUACAACCACCCACAGUCCACUCGCCACCGAACACGGCAGCUUGCCAACAGCUGCCGACACCACGACACACACCGGUAGCACCGAUGAUGGUUUGUCACCUACCCCUUCUAAUUCUUCAGGCUCAUGCAGUGACAUCGUCACCCUACAAGCCAAACAGCAGUCUUGUUCUAUGGCAAUGGUGCACUGCAUUUCGAGUAGCGAGCCUGACUCGGCCGAAAUUACCCUGUCGAAUUACGAAAAUGACUGGUCAAAUAACCAGCAACAUCAUCAUCAUCAUCACAUGCAAACCAAAUCGGACAUGUCCGACGUUUCAAACACUACUGGAACCCAUGUACAUAUCAUCAAAAAGUCGAAUACUCCUAUACACAUGGCGUGCGCAGAGUCUUCGACUACAAUAUCUGGUAUUCACUAUAUCACAGAUCAUGGUGAUGUCAAGCCUGAAGAGUUACAGUUUAAUUCGAAACACUUCGAGAAGUUCGUGCACAAGAGGAAACACAGUGACACGCUGGUCGUAAUGGAGAGCAGGCAGAUGCAUUCAUCGCUCUUUGAAGAUGAUGAAGACGAAAAAACGCCACAAAAAUCAAAAAUCGGUCCCAGCUCAUUCGAUUCGGGCGAUUUGGUUUGGGGGCCUGCUAAGGGUCGUCCGGCGUGGCCCGGAAAAUUGAUCGAAGUAGCCCCCGAUAAGGUUUUGGUGAAGUGGUUUGGUGGGGACAGGACCUUGGCCGAGUUGGACCCUAACUUAUUACAAACCCUAAGCGAGGGUUUAGAUGCUUACCAUCAGUCCCGAAAAAAUUGCAGGAAAGGUCGUAAACUAGAUACACCGUUGGAAAAUGCGAUUCAAGAGGCGAUGGCCGAAUUGGAUAAAAUGUCAAAAAAGGAAACGACCAGCUCCUUAACCGAACAAAAGGAGAUAGGAGUGCUGACCAAGAAAUCUCCAGGUCGUUUACGAAGUCACAAAUGAAUAUCGCUAAACUAUUAUCACCGAACGAAAUUUAGAAAAAGAAACCGGACCAAACCGUAAAAAUCAAAGUGUUUAUAUAUACUACAUAUGUAUUUAUCACGGAGA